AUGAUGUCGGCCCAAAAUGAUAACCUAGGGAACAAGGGAAAUGAGGAGAAAGAAGAUAGGGAUGAACAAUUAGUAUCAAAUCUCAAUCCUUUUGGAAGGAAGAAUUUGAAAAAUGGGUUCCCUGGAAAUAGUGUGAAUAACGCUUUUACACCAUGCUUGGGCUUCUUCGAUAUGAAGGAAGAUAAGCCAUCGAGAUCAUGUUGUGAUGGAGUCGAUAGCAUACUAAGGAUGACAAAAAACAGCACGGAAUAUCGUGUGGCUACUUGUGAUUGUUUAAAGACGUUCAUGGCGAAUCACACCCGAACGCGAUUCUACAAAAUCAAUGAACCCUGUAAUAGUCUACGCCUAGGAAUCCCUGAUAUUGAUCCAAAAGCCGACUGCUCACGAAUAUCAUAGGUAUUGGAGGGGUUCCAGACAUCAAGAUGGAUUUCUAAUAACAACAUAUAUAGUAAAUUAGUAAUCAAGCUUUGGAUUUUUAUCAAUAUAUGUAUUGAACCUUUAAAAGAGAAUUAAGGUUCAAGAAUCAGAAGAAGACAUACCAGCAUGCACUAA